AUGGGCGAUGACUCUACUAGUUUAUCUUUUUUAAAUUUAAAUUGGUGUGACAAAGUUGACACUUCUCUAAUUUAUCCUAUAAUAUUAGAUCCAUUGUACACUGAUUUGUAUUUAGAAAUUUCUUACAAACUACAAGAUCUUUUACAAAAAAUUAAACAGGUAAAUUUUUCUUAUAAAAUUAUUAACGAAGAAUUUAUUCGUAUAAAAGAUUUCAAAACCAAACAAAUUAUUUUAGAAAUGGGUGUCUGCGAUUUUGAGAAGCUCGAAUUUAUUAAUCUGCAUCAACUUAAAAUAUAUAUAAUAUUAAAUAAAAAAAAGUAUAAAAGAAAGAUUAGUUCAAUGAUUAAUAAAACAUACAAAGAAAAUGUAAUUAAUUCAGCGCACAAACCGAUAGAAAAUAAUUAUGAAAGCAUUAAAAAAUUGAUGUUUGAAUUACAAAUUAAAAAAAAUGUUAAUGUUAUUUUUGUCGAAAAUGAGAUUGAUCUUUUUCGUGAACUUAAGGAUAUUUUAAAACAUUUAGUCUCUGAUAAAAAAUUUGUGCCUAAAGUUAAAACAUUUAAAAUAGGGAAAGAACAGGAAUAUUUAACAUUUAUUUUAAGUAAAAUUCCUGGGAUAAGUAGCUGUGUUGCAAAAAAUAUUGCUGACAGAUAUGGCACUCUUGCUAAUCUAAGUUUGUUGGUUAAAAAUAAUCGUACAGAAGAACUUAGCGAAAUGAUUAUUGAAGACAAAGAAAAUCAUAAAUGUAGAAUGUUAGGAACAGUACAGGCUAAGCAAAUUUUGAGAAUAUUUACCUCUGAUGAUCCUGCAGAGAAAUUAUUAUAA